CAGUGGAUACUGGCUGGCCAACAGGUGGUUCAGAAAGCCAAAGCCACUAACACACCUGGAUCUGAAGAGGUCGAAAUCAAGGUCUCAUCAAUCAAGGAAACACUUUACCGAGAGACGCAGCAUGUCGGUGGCUCUGCGCGCACAGCUGUUCCUCUUUCUCAUCUCCCUCUCAGCCCGGAUGGGGCUCAGCCGCUAUAUCGAGGACAACGAAGCUACAGAUGGAUUAUAUUCUCUUCUUAGUUUGGACCAGAAAAGAGAAUCAGAGGAUUUUAUUUUCCGCCGACCUCUCAAAUGCUUGGACAUGCUGGCUACUGAUGGCUACUUCACCUUUGUGGCAUCUCGGCCACAGCUGGCCUGCGCUGCUUUCAUCAUCGCUGAGCCCAGUGAGGUCAUCAGUCUGGAGCUGUCUGACGUCACUAUCGACUGCGGCGCUGGAGACUUCAUCAAGAUGUUUGACGGCUGGGUUCUGAAGGGAGAGAAGUUCCCCAGCAAUCAGGACCACCUGCUCCCUCUGCACCAGCGCUACACAGACUACUGCUCCUCCACAGCAACAGGAGCCACAAGCCGCUCCUCUCAGAACGUCGCCAUGAUCUUCUUCCGCAUUCACAGCCCUGACAGUGGCUUCACACUUGCUGUCAAAAAGCUACACAACCCUUUCCCUUGUAACAUCAUGUCCCAGAGUCCAGAGGGCAGCUUCACUAUGGUGAUGCCACAUACGCGCAGAAACUGCAGCUUCUCAAUCAUCUACCCUGUGGAGAUCCAACUGACAGAACUCAGCCUGGGGCAGGCCAAAAGCAAUGAGCUCAGCCCACAGAGGCAAGUGUGGUCGGGCUGUUCAGGUUCAGGUGAUUACGUGGAGCUGCUGGGAGGGAAUGGGGUGGACACAUCAAGGAUGUUCCCUGUAGCUGAUCUCUGUUUCUCUCUCAGUGGGCUCGCCCAGAUGAAGAUUGGUUGUGAUAACUCGGUGGUGAGGUUGGUAUCCAGUGGGAACUAUAUCAACCGUGUUUCCUUCCAGUACCGACUACUGGAACGCAAUGAGCUCCCCAAGACCCGGGAGAAUAAUCUGGAUAACUUCUGCACUGUGGAAUGAGAUCACACACACACACACACACACACACACACACACACACACACACACAUACACAUACACACACUCACAAAAUCAUCCAUGAAAAUGUCCCUUUUGACUAAUGCCGUCAGUAAAUAUUUUGUAUUGUUUUUGCCAAAUAUUUCAUUUAAUGUCUUAAUUACGUUAGCUUUGAUCAUAGCGUAUUUAUUUGAAAAAUUAUUUUAUAUUUAUAUUCUCAAAUUUAUGGAUGAUGGUGGGUUUCAUUGUUUUUCUUUUCAGUUGUUUGUUAUGAAAUUCUGUGAGAUUUUUCUUGACCAGAGCAUUUGUUUCCUGUGUUGUUCUCAGUUUAUAUCAGUUUCAGUAUUCUUUGGGAGGUUUUUACAUCUCGACUGUCACUUCUGUUUAUAAUGCCUUGACAAUUUAAAAAUA